UCGAAAACAGCCAUCACUGUUUUGGUGUUUUGUUAUUUCCCGCCGUAAACAAAGUAUUAUUUAGUAGUUAAAUUUAUAUAAAAUUGAGAUUUUGUUUCACAAUGGGCGUAGAAAAAAACUGUUGCUGCAGUAAAUAAAAACAAAGAAAAACGACAAGCUAGAAAAUUAGAACAACGUCGUAUAGCAGAUGGCAUGUCUGUUGUGAAUUCCGCGAAUAAAUUGCAAGAUUUAGCGACGCAUUGCAAGGAACUGCUGGUAUACAGUAACCUAGACUUGGAAGUCGAUAUGUACAUACAGAGAGUCACCGAGCUGGAUAAAAAUGUACUAAAAUGGGCCAUAGACCUUACAGAGAGGAAUAUGAAAUCUUUAUAUGAAACAUGUGCAUGGGGUUGGAAUCGUGACCGCAAGGUUGAAGAAAUGACAGAAGACCAUGCAUGGUACCUCAUAGCCAAAAAGAAAAACGGCUCACCCCUAGCGUUCUCCCACUUCAGAUUUGACAUGGACUUUGGAGAGCCUGUAUUGUACUGUUACGAAGUGCAAGUGGAAGCGGAGGGACGGCGGCGCGGGCUGGGUCAGCGCGUACUGAACGUUCUGGAGAAGCUGGCGCACGCGACGCGCAUGCGCUACGUACGGCUCACAGUGCUCACGCACAACCCCGCCGCCUCCGCAUUCUUCAAAGCUUGCGGAUACAUAACAGACGAGACCAGUCCACCCAAAGAGGAGGCAGCACACUACGAGAUCCUAAGCAAGACGACUGGUGAAGGAGUGAGCAAUGCUCAAACAGAGGAACAAAGUUUAACCGAAGGAGUCAGGGCAGUUUCUGUUGAAAAUAAUCAACCGUGACAUUCGUGAUAUGUGUGUGAUCAAUAAAGCUGUCCAAAAUCAAACACCGUAGCUACAAUAGAUUCUAUUUGAUGUUUUAAAAUUAUAGGUGUAAGCCAAAGCGCUAAAUAAGGGUUUACCUUGUAGGCAGCUCAAUCUGCCAAAUACUUGUAAUGAUAAGGCGGGAUUUAUGUUUGUAAGUUUUAUUUACGUAAGUUGCUUACGUAAGUUGUACGUAAGCGAAUAAUUGUUUAAUAUAUUUAUGUAUCCUUCGUUAUACUUGCUAAUGAAGUUGUUGGCGUAAGAAAGUUAUGUGAAAAACCUGCGCGGGUAAAACUUACAAAUGUAGCUCCCAUCAAUUAUAGUUACAACUUUAUGAAUUGCACAUACGUUUUUAUCUCGUUAAGUCUAGUUUAUGUAGUACAAAGCCAUUCGGGAUUAUAUUUUGAGUAGGUAGACCAAAUUCGUAGGUAUUGUAAUGCAGUAGAGUUCCAAACAUUUUAUAUUUUUGGAGCUUGAUAUACAUAGUAGCGAAACAAACAAGAAAUCUAGAAAUAAACAUUAUAUUUACUGCAAUACGUAUUUAAUAGGUACCACAUGUUACUCUUUAUCAUUUGCAUUUAUUCGUUAUUUUGUUUUCCUCAUUAUUAAUUGUUUACUUUCAGCAGCAUAGUGAUUACAUACUCUUUGGACAGCGUCACUUGCCACGUGUCAUUUUUGAAUAACAGGAAACAAUGUUUUAACUGAGGUUUUAACGCAUAUUAGCGUUCAAUGUAAAAAAAAAAUGGUUUAGCCUGUAUACAGCAGAGCAAAAGAUAAAUUAAUUGUUCGAUUUUGGUUAAAGUUUAUUGGAAUCUAUUUCCUUAGAAAUCCUAAACUACUUAUCGUUUUCUAUAACAUUCAAGUACGUGGAUGAACCUUUAGUAUUUUUACAUACAUUAUAAUGUAAUUGAUAUUUGUUAAUUUCUAUAAUAUCUGUAAUUAGAAAUUAUUAGUAGACCUUACAGUAGUAAUGGCACAAAUAUUAGAAUAAUUUUGUCUAAAUACAAGUCCUGUGUAUCAACAUAGGUAUAUGUAUACCUAUAUUGUAUGUACGUAUAUGUACCUUAUAUGGUAUAUAUCAAUAUAGGUACCAACGUACCUAUUCGAUAAAACAAAAACAAAAUGUCACUAAAGAAAAUCAUUAAUUUAUUUUUUUAAUGUAAUUAGGUAGUGGCAAUUUAGGAUGAAAUAAAAUCUAGUUGGAACAAAA